AUGGCACGUCUCGAUAGCGAUCGCGUCUGUGCGCGGCAGGCAGGCGACGAGACAGCGACGGACGGCGACGACACAGCGGCAGUCGACGGAGAAAAAGGUAGCAGGGGGCGGAGCAAGAAAGCGGAGGAAGGGCAUGCGGAGAGGUGGGGAAGGGUGGAAGAUUUAAGCCAGGGGCUCCAGGGGGGGCGAGGCGUGCAGGGGCAGAUAGAAGCGCCAGUGGGGGAACGGGGUGGCGCGGAGGGAAACGCGGGAGAGGGGCGGGCGCGGGUGAAGGCAGCAACGUGGGAGAGCAUCUCUCCCAUUCCCCAUCCCCCUCCCACUCCCCCUCCCAUGCCCCAUCCCCCUCCCACUCCCCCUCCCAUGCCCCAUCCCCCUCCCACUCCCCCUCCCAUGCCCCAUCCCCCUCCCACUCCCCCUCCCAUGCCCCAUCCCCCUCCCACUCCCCCUCCCAUGCCCCAUCCCCCUCCCACUCCCCCUCCCAUGCCCCAUCCCCCUCCCACUCCCCCUCCCAUGCCCCAUCCCCCUCCCACUACCCCUCCCAUGCCCCAUCCCCCUCCCACUCCCCCUCCCACGCCCCAUCCUCCUUCCACUCCCCCUCCCAUGCCCCAUCCCCCUCCCAUUCCCCCUCCCAAUACCCAUCCCACUCCCACCCAUCCUCAACCUCCUCAUCCCCAUCCUCCUCCGCUCCCCCCGGCCCAUGGGAACAGGGAAUGA